AAUUUAUUUUAGAAAUUAUCUCAGCCUCAUAACUGUAUUUCAGACACACGUAAUCUAACUAGAUCCUACUAAAACCCAGCAUCCACAACUGCAACAACUCAAACUAGGGAUAAUCAAGAAUUCAAAGCCCUUGUUGUACUUUUGAUCAAACAUGUCCUUUGCUUCAUCACAGCAAAGCUUUCUAAUUAACUCCCUUUCUUCAACUCACUACCCCUUAUCAAAAACCUCAUUAAUAACUCCCAAUAAAUCCAUCUUCAUCUCUUGCAAACAUAAACCAAGUGAUUCCACUGCUUCCAUCAGGAAAAGUUAUGAGGAGAAGUUGGGAAAAUUGGCAAUGGUGACAUUGGCAGCUGGGAUUUUGACACUGGGUACAUUUGAUCCAGCAUUAGCUGCCAAGUCUGGUGGUCGAGUUGGUGGUCAGGCGUUUCGGUCGUCUCGACCGGCAGCUCCUCCCCGUGCAUCAUCACCAAGAACUAAUAAUUCAAGGACCAAUAUUUAUAUCAACCCCCCUGUGGCUCCACCACUCAGUGGGUAUGGGUACGGGUAUGGCUAUGGUGGAUAUGGUUGGUCACCUUUUUCGUUCUUUGCACCUGGUCCUAGUGUCGCUGUUGGAAUUGGAGGGGGGUUUGAUACUUUAGCUUUCUUUCUGUUUCUUGGUGCCGGGGCUGCUGUUGUAAGACGAUUAUUUAGAUCAAGAGAUGAUGAUGAUUACUAGUAAAGCAUAUAACUACCUGAGACUUAUUUGCCAUAGAUGAUCUAUAGAACUGGACACAUUAUUAAAUCAUUGUAAAAGAAAUUAUAUUUAUGUAACAAUUGUUAUUCUGUACAUGGCAUUUCUGUAACAGUUGAUGAUAUUCAAGUGUAAUAUCAGAAAACAGCUGUGGGUUCAGUCA